AUGGAUGAGUUAGAGGAAAAAAACUCCAAUUCAACAUACUCUUUUUUUUUAAAAAAUUUAUCGGUUACUGGUUUUUAUGAAGAAAACUGUCUAUUUAUGACAGUAAAGGAAUUGUUUGAUAAUUCAAUUGAUGCGUUAUGUAAUAAGAAAGGAGAUGAAAAUAUUGAGGAAGAAGAUAUAAGAGAAAAAAAGAUCGAAAUAGAAAUUAAGGAAUAUGGUAGUAAUUCAUCAUUUUAUGAAAUAAUAUGUAGAGAUAAUGGAGAAGGUAUCGAAGUUAAAGAUUUAGAAAAUAUUUCUGAAAUGUUUUUAACAUCAAAAGAAAAAUGUAUAACUAGUGGAAAAUUUGGUAUUGGACUUAAGACAAUAUUGUUAUAUUCUUUUAAAACUGCAUAUGGUUUUUUACAUAUAAAAAUAAAAGUAAAAAAAAAUAAAAUAUGGGAUUUUAUAUUAGUAUUAGAUAAAAAUUUAAAUCAUACAUUUGUACAAAAUUUUAAAGAAUAUAUUGAUGAUAAAUGGGAAUGGACAAUAGAAAUUUCAGUGAUUUUAAAAAUUAAUAAUAAUUAUAUAUGUGAUAAAAAAAUACAUUCAUAUAUUAAAUUAUUUUUAUUAUGGAAAAAAAAUAUAACAGUUAAAUAUAUCCAUAAUCCAAAUGGUGAACAAUCUAUAUAUACAUAUUCUAGUUAUUCUGAUACUAGUGAAGAGAAUAUAUUAAGUAUGUUAGCAGACAACUCUAUAAAUAUGAUCUUUAAAAAAGAUUUUAUAACUUCUUAUAAUUAUCAUGUUAAUAUGUAUGUUAAUGUAAGAAAGUCUGAAAAAAUUAUUCCAUAUGAACAUGGACAUAAUAUAGGGUUUCUCUUUUUAAUUCGAUACGUCAAUUCAAUGCCUCUUUUGAGAGCUUCAUCAUCAGACUGUUCAAUAACAGUUGAUUUUAGAAAUUUUCUGAAAUAUUACGGACCUCAAUUCGGAAUAGAACUACCCACGGCUGAAAAUCGGGAUGAGAUGACUCUUGAAGAAUUGGCAAUCCCAAACUGUUUUGAUGAACUCAGUAAGGUAGCUAAUAUAUUCCCAGUAAAUAGAUCAGAGAAGUCUACCUGGAAUAUAAUGAUUAUAGGAAUCGACGUGAGAGGAAGAGAUAUAUCGUUUGUUAGCCUCAGCAAAAAUUGCAUAAAGGAAGGAGAAUACUUGUCUAGCUUAAUUAAAAAAUGCUCAGUUAAUUUGUAUAAUAAUAUAAAAAGAGAGUUACCACAGGAAUUUGAAAAUAUAUCUGAUUAUCAGCUAAGGCAGGCACUAGACAUAUACGGAGUUCAAUUAGCAUCGUCGUUAAGUAAAAUAAUUUUAAAGGGCCACGAAGAAUUUAAAAAUAAAAUAUUUUUUUUAUUAAAUGAAAAAAAGAAAAAUGACAAUAAUACAUGUGAAAAAGAAGAAUAUAAUAGUACCUUUACUAAUUAUGAUGAAAAUAUAUUAACAAAGGAGUUGUAUAGCCACAUUAGAGAAAAAAUAAUACUAAAUGAAAAAGCAUGUGAAAACCCUAAAACAAAAAAUCAGUUGACUGAUGAUUCAAAUAAAUCAUAUUACAAAAAUGAUCCUUCGAAAGAUGAUAGUUAUUCUGAUGAUUACGGAGAAUAUAAAUAA